AUGGAUGAGCUGACAGCAAUUAAGACAACAGUGGAGAAGGCCAAGGAUGGGCUGCCCGUUGCCCGCUAUCACUCGAACAUGCUCCGGUUUUUGUGCCACGAAAUGGAAAAGGUGGAACACCUGCUGCUCCACUUGCAGAGAGAAGCUCCGCAGAACGUCUUGAAAAUCCUCAAAGAUGAAAUGGAGAGGGGUUCACGCCUGAUCAGCAGACAUGGUAGGCGUUUUGAUCUUCGUGACUUCAGCAAAGUGGAUGUAGUGAGCCGCAAUGUGGAGCAAAUGUGUCUAGUGUUCAGAGAAUGCCUUUGUGACCUGGGCUUGGAAGAGGACAUGAUUGACAUCGAGACAAAGAUGGAUGCGGACAGUGUGGCCGAGGAUCAACGCUAUAUGUAUUGGUAUCUAACCUGCAUCCUGGAAGGUAGAGAUGUAGAUAGGCAGAUACCAGAUGGAAUUAGGAAGGAAGUGGAGGAGCUAAUGGUGAAACAAAAGCACAGGAUGGAGUUCGUCACCGUGAUACCAGAACAAGAAAUUGUGCAGAUGGAAAAGAUUGGCGAGGGCGGCUGUGGCCAGGUGUUCAAGGGGUGGUGGAAGGAUGUGCCAGUGGCCAUCAAGAUGCUGAGGAGCGACCUUACACCAGAAUCGAGAGCUGAGUUUCUGAGUGAGGUUGAGCUUCACAUCCAGCUCAGUCAUCCGAAUGUGGUUCGCUGCCUUGGUGCUAUGGCCUCGAAUGGCAUUGUUAUGGAGCUGGCUUCAACAGACUUGGAGAAGUUCUAUUGGAGGCAAGGAGAUGAAUGGGACUGGCUCAAGAAAUUGCAGCUGAUGUUGAAUGCCAGUUCUGGUCUGCAGCAUCUGCACAACAAUAAGGUGGUUCAUGGGGACAUCAAGACAGCAAACUUUCUGGUGUUCGAUUCGCCAACUGAACAGAGUGUGGUUGUAAAAAUCUCGGAUUUCGGAUUGGCUGCCACUAAGACCGGGUCAAGAUCGAAGACUGCCUUUCCGCUGGCCGGCACAUUCUUGUGGAUGGCGCCAGAGCUCAGUGAAGGGGCUGCUCAGACAUUCAGCGCCGAUGUGUUUUCCUUUGGACUGGUUCUUUUUGAGCUUUCAGCUUUGAGCCCCCCUUACAAAGGCCUCAACUCCAAUCCUAUUGUACUCCAGAGGAAAAACAAUGGGAAGAAUCCAGUUCCCAUUCCAGAAGACUGCCCUGAAGCACUGUCAAAGCUGAUGAAGCAUUGUAUUGCAGUGGACCCGUGUGACAGACCCACGAUGGAGCAAGUCGGCACAAAACUGACCGAAAUUAUCCAGCAGGCAAUGGGGUCAAGCAGUGGAAACGAUGAGAUGGCCUCAGCUGGCAAUCAGCCUUGUCAGGGCAGAUUCGAACAGGGACGGGAUUCAGCCAGUGGCGUGAGCCCGCUGAUUGAGGUGUGGCUGGACAGCUGA